AUGUUGCCGCUGGUGCUGGGAGGGGCGGUCGACGCGACCAUCGCGUACCUCCACCGGUGCCCCGCUGCGCCGGAGUGCCCCAGCUGCUCCUUGACCUGUCCUGCCUGUCCUUCUUUCACGUGCCCUCCGCCGGCCACAGUCAGCUGCCCAGCGUGCCCCGCGCUGGUCUGCCCCGCGGUGGCGGCCGAGGCGCCGCGCUCCUGCCCUGCCUGCGCUGCUUGCGAGCAGCCGGCGGAGCCUGAGCCGUGCGACGCCUGGCGGGCCUUCUUGCGUGGGCUGCUAGGCGGCGCCGUCGGCGGCGUGCUGCUGACGCUGCUGUUCGUGAAGUAUGUCGGUACCACGCCGGACGGCGACACGUACAUUGAAAAGUAUGACGAUAAUGAUAAUGAAGAUGUGGAUCUGGUUCGGUGGAGCGCAGGUUGGAACGACGUCCCCAACGGCGUGAAUCCUGCGGGGGUGUACCGCUUUCGGCAGGAGCCGACAGCGGCCGAGAAGCACGUCUUCCUUCGUGAUGCUGAGCGACUGGCCGAUCAUCGCUGCCGCAUCGUGGCCGCCACGAUUGGUCGCCCCGACCUGCUCACGGCGCCAGGCUUCCGCGCGCUGGUGCCAGGCGCGGCGGCUGGGCCUGCGGCGGCUGCUGGGCCUCGCCCGGGGGUGCUGCAGGGCGUGGCGCCUCAGGCGGCUGCGGCGGACGCUGGCACGCGCUGGCGGGCGGCUCAGUCUCUCGGGGACGUGCGGUACGGGGACGAGGUGCCAGGGCACGUGGCGACGGCAGCUGCGGUGCGCGGGCGCGACCUCCACAUCCUCGCCGACGGGACUGCCCUGUUCGUCGAGGAGGUGCCGGCGGCGGAGUUGGAGGUCUUCAUGGGGCGCGCUGUGGCAGCAGACGCUCGCGUGAUGCCCGUGAUGCGUACGGGAGCUCGCCGCGAGGUGACGAGGACUUCGGGCGCGACUGGCUGGCUGGUGACGGGCCCGCGGACGACGUUCUGGUGCAUCGAGUUCAUCAACAAUGAGGGGAUGGGCAUCGACGGCCAUCACGAUAGGUUUCGGGCGGUGGCGAAGCUCGAGCCGACGCAGUGGGGCGUGCAGGAGCACUUCCAGCGCACGCAGUACAUCCGCCUGCUGUUGCUCUCAGACCAGUGCGACGGCACGAAUUUGCAGGCUUGCGAGGCCAUCUUCCGCCGCAUGCAGACUAUCGAGUAUUCGUACCUGGAGAAGGUGAGGGAGCGUGAAGGCGCCAAUCAGAGCGGGAAGUUGUCGAUCGAGGAGCAGACGCACUUCGCGGGCUCGACUCGGAUCUCUUCUAGCUUGAUGGUGUGCCCCGACUUGUUGGAGUUUGUACGCAAAGUAGUAGAGCGUGAAGCUGCCCUGGCAAAGAACCUCCGUAAGGCUCGUGAAGAGAAGGAGGCUCUCAAGAAGGGCAAGAAGGCGACCGGGGGGCGCCUUCGCAUGGUCAAUUCGAGCGCUCUUCCCUUGGUCGUGAUGAGCCCGCGCGUCUGGUUGCUCGCAAUCCUCUUCCUCUGCCAGUACCGCCAGUCUCAUCUGUAUGUGCUGACAGUGGUGGAUUUUUGUCGCGAGGUUGCCGUCAGCGGGUUCAGCAGCGUCACGCUCGUGAUCUCGACGUUCGGCGUCGACACCUCGGAAGCUCUGCGGAGGCUUCGAGCGCCUGGCUUCUACGGCCCCGACGAGGACGUGAAGCUGGGGAACUACAAUCCCGAUCUGCUCUCGCUGCCGUCCGUGGGGAGCCAUGCGGUUCCGCUCGCGGACUUGCGGGGUGCAGGCGGGUGCAGGCGCGUCGCGGAGUUCGUCCGCGAUAGUGUGCUACCUGCGGGUCCGGCGCUGGAGAGGAGGAAGAUGUGCGGCGUGAGGGCGCCCUAUUCCGACCCAGCUCUUCGCCAACCGCGUGUGUGGAGCGACUUUGUCUCGCGGCUUCGUCGCAGCGGCCUGCUAGAUUUUGCCUACGACCGCGGCAGAGAGUCCGUGGAGUUCUUCUGCGUUCCGAAAAAGGAUCAGCGAUUGAGACUCGUUUGCGACUGCCGUCACAGCAACGUCUGGUUUCGCGAGCCUGAUAACGUCACUCUUUGCACUGGUGAAACUCUUGGGAACCUCGAAGUCGGUGAAGGCGAGACGCUCUAUAUUUCGGAAGCUGACCUGUCCAAUGCAUUCUACCAUUUGCAGCUGCCUGUCGAGUUGCGGGAUCUGUUCACCCUUAGGCGCGUCCGUGCCCGUGAUAUCGGCUUGACUGAGAUUGGCGGGCAACCAGUGCGCGACGGGUAUGUCGACAACUUCGUGGCCAUUUCGACUGUCACCUCCAAGGUGCAUCGCCUCGCGUCCGCCGUCGUGGAGGGGUUCAGGGAGGCGGGGUUGGUCGUGACCGCCGAUGUCGACUCGCCCGGAGAGGUCCUCGAGAGGCUUGCGGGGCACAUGGGGUUCAUCAGCCUGGUCCGACGGGAAAGCCUCUCGGUCUUCGACACGCUGUUCGCGUUCAUCCGCCGCUUCUACUACGAGGAGGCCCCGCUGUGGCCCAGCGUCAUCAACGAGCUCACGAUCUGGGAGGGGAUCGCGCCGCUGCUGUGGCGCAACCUGAAGGCCUCGUGGGGGCCGUCGCUGUACGCCGUCGACGCGUCCCCGACCGGUCUGGGAGCUGCCGCCGCUGCCGCCGUGUCCGACGACCCCGAGGUGCAGUGGCUGUCCGGAGUGCACGACAACGGGUCCGGAGGUCUCUGGGAUGUUGAUGGGGGGCCGCCGCCUGCUGGCAGUGCCGCCGCCGUUCUGGGUUCCGGGCUCGGCGAUUCUCGUGACACCGUGUUUCGUGAGGUGCCCCUGAAGCUCUUACGACGUGACUGGAAGAUUGUCGGGAGGUACAAGUGGAACGUUGAGGAGCCGAUGCCUAUCCUUGAGGGCCGGGCUAUCUUGUAUGCACUACGACACGCCCUGAGGAAUGUUCAGAACUUCGGGCGGCGGAUCGCGGUCCUGGGGGACGCCCUCGUCGCUGCCUGCGCAGUCUCGAAGGGGCGGUCUGAUUCCAGGGCGAUGCUCAAGGUCACCCAGUCCGUGGCUGCUCUCUGUCUGGCCACUGGGUGCGUGUUGCACUGCCGGUGGCUCCCCUCAGAGUGGAACGUGGCUGACGGGCCCUCGAGAGGGCUUGCAGUUCCGUCAGUGCCGCAGCCGCUGUCCUUCUCGAAGCCUCACGAGCUGGAGUGGCUUCGCUCGGCUGGGCAGCCCGCGCCCGCCCCGCGGCCCCGCCCCGCGGCAGGAGGCGAUGCUGCUACGAGCGUCGCCGUCGACCGGCUCCCAGCCGACUGGGUCGGCUUCGCGGCCCUCGGGGAGGAGCAGUUUGACGCGGACGCCAGCCGCUUCGAGCCCGUCUUCAUCGGCGGCGUUUCCUUCGCGGGCCGCUCCCAGCAGCGCGCCAGCGGCUGUGCCCCGCCGGGCGCCCGCGUGAAGGAGGCGGCGAGGCGGCGGGCGGCCGCGACCGCGGCCGAGGGGCUGACCGUCUGCCAGACUCACUCGGUUCGCCCCGCUACGUUGCGGCUGUGCCAAGACGACUUUGCCUCGUUCAAGCGCUGGCUGAGUCGCCAGGGCCGCCCGAUGCCCGAGGGCAAGCUGGACACCGACCAGACCCUCUCCCAGUACCUGGACGAGAUGUACCUCGACGGCGCGCACGUCAGCUUGGGGCAGCGGAUGCUCGCCGCAGCGCUGUUCCACCAGUCGGCCCUGAGCAAGGCGGGCGGCGCGCGGAUGGCGCGCAGCCGCCGCGCGCUCAAGGGCUGGCAGCGCCUGGCGCCUGCAGGCUCCAGGCUUGGGGCGCCGUGCGAGGUGAUGUGCAUGAUCGUGAUGUGGCUGCGCGGCCUGUUCACGAUCAGCAGCACCCAGGCGGGGCAGGCGUUCGACAGGGCGGUGCAGGCGCUGGGGCUUCAGCGCGCGGGCGUGGUCUGCCGCUACCAGCUGCGCCACGGCGGCGCAAGCCACGACGCGGCGACCGGCGCGAGGUGCGCGUACCCGCACUCGGCGGCCCACGAGUCGCGAACGGGAAUGGGGAGCCAGAGACCUGGCUACAAGGGCGAGCUGGGAACUGGCAGCUGCUGCGGGGGGCGGCUGGCCGCGCCCGUCGCCGCCGCGGUCGCCUCGGAGCGGCAGCUGGCAAAUCGGCUGCAGUGCAAGCGCUGGGAGGCCCCGGCGCCGCCCCCCCCCCCCCCGGCAGCAGCCGAGCCUCUGUGGCUGCAGCGCGUGGCGUCCGAGGAUUUGAUUGUGGAGAUAGUGAUUUUAUUGUUGCCGCCUGGGGUGCACCCAGUUGUCAGUAUCCUGACGCCCGACCGAGACCAGUACAAGGAGAGCCUCGCCGCUGGCGGGGACAUCGCCGAGUUCGCCAUCCUCGAGGGCGGCGCGCUCGGCAAGCACGCCCAUGGGAUCGGUGUGGACCACGUCCAGUGGUUCCAGCACCUGCCGCUGCCAGCGCAACUCCAGGGGAUGCGGGACGACGCGGCCCAGCGCCUCGGCCUCCCUCUGCGGCCGGGGCUCGCGAUCAACAUGCUCGGGCGCUCUGGUUUCGCCGGCAUGGCCGCUGGCCCGCCUGCGCCCCAGGCCGCCGACGGAGGCCUGCCUGGGGCAGGUGUCGCCGGCCUCGCCGCGGCGCUGGGCGGCCCUGGGCCGGCUGCCGCCGCGCCAGCCGCGCCGGUCGCUGCGGCCGCCGCGCCUGCCGCCGCCGGCGUGGGCCCAGGAGGCGCCCUGGUCCCCGCGGCGGCCUUGCCCGCGGCCGCGGCGGCCCCGCCUCCCGCAGCGGCCCCAGCCCUGGGCGCCGAUGCCGGGCUUGUCCUGGCGGGCCCCCUCGGCGCCGGCGCGGCGCCGGCGGCUGCGGCCCCAGCGGGCCUGGCUGCCGCGGCCCCCGCGGCCCCCGCGCCUGCUGGUGGGCUCAGCGACGUGCGCGUCCACCCCGUGGCCCUGGACGUCCAGGGCAAUCGCCGCAGGAUGUUCAGGGAUGCCAUCAUGCUGAUGCGGGAGGACGCUUGGCCAGACUGGCCCAUCCGCGGGCCCCGCACGGUGAUGUGGGUCCUCCGCUUCAUCGAGCAGAACGGAGGGACGCCCAUGGGCCGCCACAUGAGGUUCCGCACCGAGGCCAAGUUGUCUGCCUCCGACGUCGGAGUUGACGAACAUGAGAGAGCGUGCAGAAUGUUGGAGCAGAUGGUGAUGUAUGAUCAGCUCAUGGUCACUAACUUGGCGUGUGCGGAGUCCCUCUGCAGAGUCAUUCAAGUUCAAGAGGGGCGUUAUCGUGGCCACCUCGCUGGAGGCGCCGAGGGCUCGAAUGACAACCACCUCUACAUGGGCACGGACACGGUCCGAGGGUGCGUCUGCGUGAGCCCGCAGCUGGCCGAGUUCGUCAAGACGCAGCUCACGCAGGAGUACCAGAUCUCGAAGGAGCGCCGCAAGGCGCGGGAGGAGAGGGCUCUGGCCAAGAAGGGCGCCAAGAAGGGCGGCCUGAAGGAGUCAGGGCCCGGGGAUGUGAGCGUAAUCCUUCGGGACCUCUUUCUCGUGGUCGUCUUGACUGGUUUUCAGGAGCCCGGGCCGCGCGGCGGCCUGCGGGCCCUUCGCCCCUCCCAGCGGCGCGGCCGCCUCGGGGGGGUGCUCGGCAUGCCGGCGGCGACGGCCAAGCGCAAGGCAGCCCGUGCUCGGGCGAUCACGGAGACCCGGGCCGCGGCUGCGCAGCGCAUGGUCUCCGAGCGGCAGCCGGCGGGCUCGCUCGCUGCCCCGGGGCAGCUGGCGAUCCGCCCGUCGACGGAGGUCCUCUACAAGAAAGUGGCGAUGGCCUUUCUCACUUUUUGCAUGGCGCGCCGCCUGGGCUGGGCAUCGACGUCCGAGAUGGACCAGGCCAUUGCGGCGUGCAUGAACCAGUGCUUCAUAGAGGACAGCUCGUCGGACCAGGGCUCGCAGCUGCUGGCGAGCCUCGCCCACUUCUACCCGUCGCUGCGCGGCUCGUGGAAGAGUCGGUGGCCGAGGGCGACGCGGGCGUCUAUCGCCUGGAAGCGCCGCGUUCCAGCAGGCGCCCGGCUGCCCAUGCCGAAGGCCGUGGCCUCGGCCGCGCGCCUGCUUCUCGCGGAGGCCGGGCAGCCGCUGAUGGCGCUCUGGGUCGCGAUCACCUUCGUGGCGUACCUCAGGCCCGGGGGGGCCUUCAAGCUGAAGGGCAAGAACAUCGUGCCCCCGCCCCCUGCUGCGGGGGCACCGCACCGCCACUGGGGCCUCCUUCUUCACGACGCGGCCUCUUUCGUGGCGGGCAAGACGGGGGUCCACGACGAGAGCGCCCUGAUCGACCUCGACCCGUGGCUCGAGCCGGGGCUGGCAUACCUUCGUUCAUCGACGACAGCAGAGGCCUCCCUGUGGCCGUUCACGGCCGCGGCCUUGCGGCACAAGUACUCCAUGUGCCUGGCUCUUUUGGGCCCCCCCCAGGAGACCAAGCUCUUGGCCGAGCUGAGCACCAUCCACGCGGACGUGUUCCGGCUGGGCCACCUGAUGAUGGACCACUUCUGGGCCGCGUGCCUCGCGGGCGGGACCGAGGCGUCAGGCGUCGGGCACCUCGUGCCGACGACCUGCAAGGCGGCGAUCCUGGGCGCCAGAUUCUGUGCCAGCUGCGAAGAUGGCGUCUUCAGCGCCAUCGUCUCCAGCAGCGCCGCCCAGCUCGGAUGGAUCGCCUACCUCGGGAGCCUCAACAGGAUGGCCGCGCUCGAGCACGCGCGGAAAUCCCAGGGUAGCCGUUUGGAUCGAGUCGAGGCGGAAAUUCGAGACCUUCGCGCUGCCAUGGACCUUGACCGCGCCUCCCCGCCAGCGCCCAAGGUGGUCGACCAGUCCUUCAAUCGCCCCGUCGACCCCUCCAUCAUUAUCAUCAGGUGCAAGCUCCAGACGGCAAUGGCCCGCGUCGAGGCAUCGCUCGACCAGUGGCUCGCCGCCGGCAUUGUCAACGGCAGCGACUGCCAGCUCAAGGGCGACCCGACGGGCACCAAGUUCACCCUUCAGGUGCUCGGCGCCCCGAGUUAUGCCGCGAGGAAGGUCCAGCAGCGCCUGGGCAACAUGCGCAUGGAGAACGGAGGGUUCCGCCGCUUUGAGCCCCAAAGUGUCACGAACGAGAACGGCCCCAUCUUCGUUGGCCCCGGCAAGAAUUCAGUCAUGGUCAAGAAGGAGAUCGCGCCCAAGACGAUGGUUCAAAUCCUUCGGCAUCACCACUCCUCCAAGAGGUUCUACAAGGACGCCGACGCGGGCGAGGUCUCCUGCAACUGGAGGCCGCUGCUCAAGGUCACGCCGAUCUCCGCCACAUCGCCGCCGCCGCCCAUCCAGCGGUCGCCCGCCAACCUCACCGCCGAGAGCAUCUGCCGCAACGCCAUCGAGGGCAGCAUCGCGGCGGCAGCGUGCGGCAACGCGCAGCCGACGCAGCGGUGUUCCUAG